AUCCCUUCUGGGAUCGCUGAUUGGCGGAGAAGCAGGAAGGGGUGUAGCGCCAUAGCGCGUCCGGCUGUUGUUCAGCGAGCUCCGACGCCACACGCGCGGCUGAUUUGCUAUGAGUCGGCAUGGCGACGUAGUUGUGUGACAAACUGCGGACUGCAAAAGGCCUUUUUUGUUCUAAGUCCAUUUAUUUUUUGAGCCCCAACCCACUUUUUGUACUGCAUCUUCAUGGCGGAGCCGGAGCUGCUCUUGGACUCAAACAUCCGAUUAUGGGUCGUCCUGCCGAUUGUUUUCAUCACGUUUUUCGUGGGAGUGAUCCGCCACUAUGUCUCCAUUCUGCUUCAGAGUGACAAGAAGCUGACCCUUGAGCAGGUCUCGGAUAGCCAGGUACUCAUCAGAAGCCGGAUCCUCCGAGAGAAUGGAAAGUACAUCCCUAAGCAGUCCUUCUUAAUGCGAAAGUUUUUCUUCAAUAACCAAGAAGAUGGUUUUUUUAAGAAAACGAAGAGGAAAGUAGUUCCUCCAUCUCCUAUGACAGAUCCAAGCAUGCUGACAGACAUGAUGAAAGGCAACGUCACAAAUGUCUUACCUAUGAUUCUCAUUGGCGGCUGGAUCAACUGGACCUUCUCAGGAUUUGUCACCACUAAGGUGCCAUUCCCACUCACACUGCGCUUCAAGCCCAUGCUUCAACAGGGGAUUGAGCUGCUGUCCCUUGACGCCUCAUGGGUCAGUUCGGCAUCUUGGUACUUUCUGAACGUGUUUGGCCUUCGCAGCAUGUACUCUCUCAUCCUAGGACAGGAUAAUGGAGCCGAUCAGUCUCGGAUUAUGCAGGAGCAAAUGAGUGGGGCGGCUAUGGCGAUGCCAGCAGACACUAACAAGGCUUUUAAGGCAGAGUGGGAAGCUCUUGAGCUGACUGACCACCAGUGGGCCUUGGACGGCAUUGAGGAGGAGCUGAUGAGCAAAGACCUCGACCUGGAAGGGAUGUUCAGUGGCGAGCUCCCGACGGGCAUCUUCUGACCACCUGAAUCUUAAGCCUUCCUGCAGUUUAACUCUUGUGGAAGUGAUGGCUCGGAUUUUAGGGUUACAUUGUUUAUAUAAAAAAAAAAGAUACAAAAACUUUUUCCCCUAAUGAUUUCAUUUCCAUGUGUUUGAAAGCCUCAUUUUUCUACUUAUUAGCUUAAAAGCAUCACAGUGGCUCACUUUAUUUUUUUACCGUAUGUAGAAUUUGUUAAUGUUUACCAUGUUGUAUUGUUUCAUUUUUUUAAUUAU